GAAAAACCACCGGCCAACGGUCAGUACCUGGCAACUGCCCCACGAACCAAUGCCUUACCAUGCGGUGCAUUGUGGGCUACCAGCGUUAAAAGUAAGCGAUACAUUACACUGUUCAGUCAGGCAAACAACUUUACCAGUAACGAGCAAGAUGGUGUUUUCAUAUCAGAAUUUGCUUGGUGUAACGACAUUCGUGCUGGUGUUUCUAGUUAAAGGCGUGGACUGUUGGACGGUCACCUACGGCUAUGCUGCUGCAGGAGCUAUUGCUUUUAUAUUCUUCUUAGCCGUUUCCCUAAUAUGUUGUUGUGUAGGAUGUUCCCGCCCGGCGGAGGAACGACAACCAGCCAGAGGUGUGGUAGUUGUGAGGACAGUCACACAGCGCCGCGUGGUUGACACUUCCAACAUCCCGACCAACCCCUACAACGCCGGGUAUGGCCAACUGGUGCAAACCUCGAGUAACCCUCCAACUUAUAACCAGAUAUCUAUACCUCCAGCUACUGGUAACCCGUCCUCUUCGGAUCCAUAUAACACUGGCUAUGAUCAGGGUCGUUACGUGUAACCAUCAUUGAUGUCCAGGAAUAUCUCCAUGGCUGCCAUUCAUAAAAGCAUUAUCCUACUCAAACAUGAAAUCUUGCUUCAAUAAUGAAAUAAAAGUUCAAAAGAAAAACAUAAACACUGAAAAUAAUAUCUCACUUUCCAAACUUCUUCCAAAUCACUGAAAUUUAAUUGAGCUAUUAUCUUUAGGUAUGGAUUGAAAAGUAACCCAUAUAUCUGUAUAUAGUAUAUUACUUUGUUUAGACGGAUGUUCCCAGGAAUUAUUAUCGUCGGACUGAUUUAUCAAUUUUAAUUUUUAAGGUUGUUAUUAUCUACACUGAAUGCAUUCCGGUGUACCAGUUAAAAUCUAUGUUCACUCAUGUUUUGCUCAUUUGAAGAGGGUGAUGCUUUUAAUAUCUUCUAAGUGCUAGCUUAUCAAUUACAUUCAUUACUUAUUUCAUGUUUAAAGAUGACAUUUUAAACAAAUAUUUGAAUACAUCGAAAACAAAGAAAAAGGGUAAAACCUUAAUUCAAACAAAGUCAAUAAGACGAUUGCAAAAUAGGAACAAAACAGAUCAAAUGUGAGCACAAUUGAUGUAUGGUUAAAGUUCUAACGAGCUUCCACUUUGUAUACCUUUACUUGUAUUAAACAAAUGUUUACCAAUAAACUGGUGCCAAUACCAGAACUAAACGCAUUUAAGUAUG